UCAACACAAAUUUAUCUUUUGUGGGAUCACAUAUAAUGUUGUCGACCCUGCAAGAGAUCUUUCAAGAUGGCUUCGUCUGGUAAAAAGAGCAAAAAAAUGAAGGGCAAAACCCUGGGUUUGACAGAAUUCUUAGCUGAUGGUGCAUCAGGUCCAGGUGCUAGUCAGACAGUGGUUACACGGAAGUCAUCAAAUUGGGCUGAUGAUGUUGAGAAUGAAGAUGAAUAUUUUGAUAUGGGUCGCAAGGAGAAGGUCAUUCUGCCAACAGCUCCAAGAGCCACACGGAGCCCUGAUCUAGAUGAUGAGAAAGUCCCGAAAGUUCCGCCAUUUUUGGCAUAUAUUUCCAACUUGUCAUAUGAUGUAGAAGAAAGUGACAUCUCAAACUUCUUUAGGAAUUUAGAGGUUACAAAUAUUCGCCUCCCUCGAGAUGAACGCAAGCCAAAGGGUUUUGGCUAUGUUGAGUUUGGAAGCCGCAGCAGCCUUAUCAGUGCCCUCACAAUGGUUGACACAACAGUGAAGAGUAGACGUAUGCGCAUAGAAGUAGCAGAAAACAGUGACAGUGAUCGGAGAGGUCGAGGUGGUCGUGAUAGAGGUGACAUGAACCGAGAUCGACCAGAUGGACCAGAUAGAACGUUGGGUGAUUGGCGUUCGCGACCAAGGGAAGAACCGGUGGCUGAUCCUGACAGUGACAGAGGUGGUAGUGCAAGGGAGAGAGAUGGUGGUUAUGAUCGAAGAGGGCCAGGUCGCCGUGAUUUUGGCAGUGGUGGAUUCAGAGAGAGUUAUGGCGAUAAGGAUCGUGGUUAUGAUAACCGCGAUGGCUUUGGGGAUCGUGGAAGAUUCGGAGGAGACAGGGAUGGCUAUGGAGACAGGGAUAGGUUUUCCAGUCGACGUGGUGGCGAUCGAGAUAGGGAUUUUGGUGGCAGGAGUGGUUUUGGUUCACGCAAGACAUACGGAGCUGGAUCUGAUUACGAGAAGGAGGGUGGCAGUGGAUUUAGAGGCAGAGAUGAUGGACCUCCUCCAGAAAGAGAGCCUAGGAGUCGGCCACGGCUCGUUUUACAGCCUCGCAGUAAACCUGAAGAACCUGCUGCCACACAGGCGUCGCAGGCCUCCAUCUUUGGAGGUGCAAAACCUGUUGACACAGCAGCACGAGAGAAGGAGAUAGAGGAGAGACUUGAGAAGGAAAAGGAGAAAGGAGAAAUCUCACGGCCUCCUCCCAGAGAUACGCGAACCGAAGACAACAGGCGGGAGGAGCGUGCCAGCAGGCCCAACUGUCAGUUGCGUGGUCCUCCCACAUCCACACACUCGCAUGAGAGGUCAAAGAGUGGAAGUGAAUGUGGUGACCGAGAUGAUGAUGGUCCAGCUGAGAAGCCUUCCACUCCACGAAAAAUGGAGCCAGCUCCACCACCAAAGGAGAAUGUUUGGGUGCGCAGGUCACAGCAGAAUCAAGGCCUACGUAACAAUGAUCCUUCGGAGGGAAAUGACCGUGAGAGUCCACAUAGCGAUGGUUCAGAUCACGAGCAGGAGCAACGUGGAAGUCGACAGGAUUCGCCACAGAGACAACAGACCCAAAGGUCUGAAUCUCCCCAGAAAUACCGUGAACCUGGUGACUCUGAGAGAAGAACGCAGUCCACCCGUGGUACCCCACGUAGGCAGUACGAGCGAGAUGACAGAGGAGGACGAGGCCAUACAUCCAGAGGGGGUGGGUCUGCCAGGGGCGGAGAGAGGCAAAGGGGAGGUCGAGGGGAUGGCAGGCCACUCGCUGACAGAGAGCACAAGCGUGAUGGUGGCCCACAAGAUGAAUUAGGUCGCAUGCCAAAAUACCGGGAACACGAGACUCCUAAUUUUGCUGGCUCAAAUAAGUUUGCAUAUCUGCCAGAUGAAGAAGACCAAUUGGCAGAAGCAGAUUAAGAAUGGCUUUGUGGCCUACUCUGUACAGAAGGGCUGCUGCUAUACCAGCCAAAUGGUGAGGACGUGAUGUUUAGAGCAGUAAUAAGCUACCGUGGUUGGUGACUUUACUGUGGAAAUUUUGAUUGCUGCUUUUCUAAAAUUAGUUUUCAUAUAUGGGAAAUAGCACUUGUGUUACUUAUAUGUUACUCCCAGUAUGUGUUUCACAACACACUAAAACAGGAUUGGAGAUUUCAUUGCUACCAACAUUAUUGUUAUGUUGUAUAUAUAUCACGUAAUGUGGUUCUGUGUCCAGAAUUUGGAUUGUGGUGCUAGUUUUUGUUGUUUGAGUUUGUUGAAGACCAGUGCAAUCUGAUAUGCUCUGAUAAUUGAUUCUCUGUAAAGAAAAAAAUUGUUCAUACUCCAACCCUUAACCAUCAUUUUAAAUUCAGUCUUUCUCCACUAAAGCUUGUUGCCCCCCCUCCCCAAAGAGAAGUUACAAAAUUCCUGUUACCAUACCCAGUCACAUUUGGCCAGUUUUAUAACCGCACAAUUUUUAAAAUUUUGUCAGAUUAAUUUAUUACACUGAAGAAAUUUUGAGAUAUCACAUCUCAUCGCUUUCACAGAUUUCUAUAAAAUAGGAAUGUAUGAGACUGGUAUCAUGUAACAGGUUUUGGUGUGGUACAGUCAGUGGAAGAUCACGUGUGGGGAGAACAAUUACAUGCGUAGUAUUUCACAAUAUUUUAAUUCCUUGUCUUGGUGACAGUAGUUAUCAGUGAUGAAUGCCCUCUUGCCUAGAACCCACAAGGAAUGUUUUAUUAAGUAUAGCAACACCAUUGAAUAACUUUGGAAUCUUAUGUGCAGGAUUGCAAUCGCCUUCCUUUAGUGGCAGAUACAAAAUUCUUGGGAGUCAUCAGUGUGCCUGUUAGGUUUGUCUUUUAAUAAGGAAAGCCAACAAGGCUUCCAAGUCUGAUCUUUUCACUAUGCAGGACAAAGAUCACAUUUCUGUUGGUAAUUUUUUUUUUUUUAAAUUCAUACACUGAGGAAUGACAAUUUGUUAAUACUUGCAAGUUCUUGAGUUUGACACUUAGCCUUUUCGAUUUGGAAUGUGGUCUUUGUAUAGUGGCAUAGGAAGUUAUUGUUUUUAUGGGUUUUUACAGUAAGUAGCAUGUCUUUUGAAGUAAGGGUCAUUACAAUCUGUGAACAGCUGCCUCUCGCCAUAAAAUGCUCAUCACCUUCUGCACUGGUUAUCACCUACUCCGUAAUUGACACAAACAUUGGGAAGAAAAUCAGCUCAACAACUUUGAUGCCAUCAGCCUGCUGGAGAAUUUCCACGUGCACGUACCAUAAUCGUUGAACUGCGUUACGGAGACUGAAAACCGUUUUCGAUAUACUUAUAUAUAUAUAUAGCACAGUUUACUGCAAUAACAGUAAGUGGUGGUUAUGAAUGAUGUAAAUGUAUUUGUUAUGCAUUGCAUUAUAUUAGAAUACCAAAAGGACAUCUUGAGAAAAAAUAAGUCCAUUUGCAAAAGUAAUAUCAUGGAUUACAGUAUCAUCGGCCUAUCAUCACAAAUUAAUGUUGCUUUUUUGACUUGGUUUAUCUUGAAGAUGAAAUGCAUGCAGGCCAGAAAUUGACAGAUGAAAGCAUUUUUCAUAUAAUUAUGUAAAAAUUAUGACAUAUGUCUUAUGAUAAUAUAUCAAAAUGUCAGUGUUUAAUUAUGUGAUGCAGCUUUAAUUAUCUCAAUAUUCAGGACAUAAUUGUUGAGAGGGAGUCUUAAGGUAGUGAGUGCAAUUAUAGAUACACAAGUUAGCAUUUUUAUUAUAAUAUGGUAAUGAUGUUGAUAAUUUCUUUUGUGCCAUGUUAAUGGCACAGUUCAGUCUAUUGUUUAACCUGUAUGAAAUGAAAGAAUUAAAUUAUGUGACAACAAUCUUGGUGCCCAUGUUUGGCUUUGAGUUAGUAGGCCACAUAAGAAAUGCACGGGCCAGUAUCAGAAAACAAUUCAUAUAGUAAAUGUACAGAGUAUGUCUAGCAAAUGUGUUUGUACAGCCUCUUUGUUUUUCUUCACUUAAGAUUAAUCAAUUUUAAGAGUAUGCCUGAAAAGGAUGAAAAACAUAAAAUAAUUGGGGUGUAAAUUG